AUGGCGCGCAGAGCGCCCAACAUCCUGAUCACAGGCACCCCCGGCACGGGCAAGAGCACGCUGUGCGAGAACGUGGCCUCCACCACGGGACUCAGGCACCUGGAAAUCGGCAAGCUUGUCAAGUCCCAGCAGCUACACAGCGGCUGGGACGACGAGUUCGACUGCCUGGUUAUAGACGAAGAGAAGGUGUGCGAUGCUCUGGAGGACCAGACCGCGGAAGGUGGCUGCCUUGUGGACUACCACGGCUGCGACUUCUUCCCGGAGCGGUGGUUUGACCUGGUGGUGGUGCUGCAGACCGACAACACCGUGCUGUGGGAGCGGUUAGAGAAGCGCGGGUACAGCCGGAAGAAGAUUCAGGAUAAUGUGCAGUGCGAGAUCAUGCACGUCAUCGUGGAGGAGGCCAGCGACAGCUACAGGGAGGAGAUUGUACAUGUGCUGCAGAGCAGCACGCCUGAGGAGAUGGAGGAGAAUGUCGAGCGGCUGACGCAGUGGGCACGCAGCUGGCGGCCCAGCAGCUAG